CGUUAGCUUACGAUCUCGUGUGCUCGAGGUUCAAGUGUACUGCAACUUAUGCCGCCGUGAUCCCGUUAGUGAGUCAACGUAGCCUCGUAGUAACGUGUCGUCAUACGCCGAUGAUAUUAUGGAACAUUGUUGAGUGAAAGACGAUUGAGCGAACGCUAUCUCUGUAAACUUUUGGCGCGAAUCGAAAUUAGGUGCGAUUUUCUAUACUGUAUAUCGAUCACACCCCGACCCACCCCGCAUCGGUGUUCUCGAUAUUCCUGCCUCGCAGAAGGUUUUCAGUUUCGGUGAUUGUGAUCGUGCUUAGAAUAAGGUGGUUUCAAGUGAAUCCACGACAUUGCAGCCAUGGAGGCGGUGGCUAAGCAUGAUUUCAACGCCAAUGCGACAGAUGAAUUGAGUUUUCGUAAGGGACAAGUUCUGAAGAUUCUCAAUAUGGAAGAUGAUGCAAAUUGGUUCAAAGCGGAGUCCGAAGGUCGAGAAGGUCUUGUUCCGAGCAAUUACAUAGAAAUGCGCCCUCACGAGUGGUACCAUGGGAGAAUUACAAGAGCAGAUGCUGAGCGUUUUUUAAUGGAAAAGCAUGAAGGGUGUUUCCUGGUUCGCGUUAGCGAAAGCUCACCCGGCGACUUCUCCCUUUCUGUGAAAUGCGGAGAUGGCGUGCAGCACUUCAAGGUUCUGCGUGAUCCACAAGGAAAAUUUUUUCUGUGGGUUGUGAAAUUUGACUCCUUAAAUGAAUUGGUCGACUAUCACCGUUCUGCGUCUGUUUCAAGAUCACAGGAUAUAAAACUGAGAGAUCGAGGACCAGAGAGAAAUUCUGAUCUGAAUUCCCAGCAGUUCGUCGUUCGUGCGAUGUAUGACUUCACUCCUCAAGAGGUGGGCGAGUUGGAAUUCCGUCGUGGUGACCUCAUUACCGUGAUUGAUCAGACCGACCAAAACUGGUGGACUGGAGAAAUUGAUGGCCGAAGCGGGUUCUUCCCCGCCACCUAUGUUACGGCGCACCGACCUUAGAAUCGUCAUGCUGAAGGUACACUCCGGCAUGAAUGUCCAAAAAGAAUUUCUCGUCACCGAAUCGGCCUUUCUCCACUCCUUCAGAGACACGGCGUUUUGUGUCGCGAGUUUGCAUUUUUGACGUGCUGUGUCCAAGGUUAAUGCCAGCGAUCGUUGAGCGAUUUGCGCUCGUUGCUAGUGCAAUUCUCAACUCGAUGGGAGAUGUAGGAGUUCUUUUGGUGCUUGGUAAACUGGAAAAGACCUUUAUUUGGACGAUAAUCCAUGGCUGCUGGGGUCGAGUUCUCGAGAGGGAAGCUAGGUUUUUGCUCAAGCUGCAACUGAGAACCACCUGGAUGGGCUGUUUCUCUUAAGUAUUUCUUUGAGCACCGCAGAACUCUGCAAGAGUUGCCGUGAUAUGUAGGAUGAAGAGCGUUGAUGAGUACUUCUUGGUUAUUUGAAUGUCCGAUUUUGCGCCUUCUCGCAUAUCAUGAAUAUGCCGUUUGUUUUCUACGCUCCCAAUUCGCGCCCUCAAAUGCAAAGAAAGCACGGUGCUACUUCUUUUGACAGGCGCAACGAUGCUUGGCCUGGUACGGCGCAAGUUAAGCUUCGAUAUCCUUGGUUCGAGAAGCCAAUGUGGAGUUAGUUUAGUUUUCAGUCGACUUCUCUUUUUGGCUUUUGAUGAAGAAAAGUUCAAAUUCUUAAUCAAAAGGAGUAAUAGAAACCAGGAGUAUUGCUACUUCUGUCGAUUUCCGGACAUGAUUCGCUAGUUAUCUUUUUGAGUGACAUUACUUCAUGAUUUUUGACAAGGACGAGCCAUUUUGGGAGCGGUGGGAACAAAUGUCGAGUAUCUUUUGCAGCCGAGAAGUGAUAACAGCAGCAGCAUUGGCGUUGUGUUUCAAAAGUUUUUUUGCAUCUAAGUGAGGGGGUUUGAUGUAGCUUCAUGUGUUUAUUUUUUUAUACACUGGCAGUUGAUUUGUUCUACGAACUCUCGCGACGUCACUUCGAACAAAUUCAUGUGCCUCGUGUCAGGCAGUCGGUUAAGGGGAUUGGAAGUUGAGGAUGUGAUGCAGAGUUGGUAGUGGACUCAACUUAUUCUCGAGUGAUUUAAUAAGGACAGUCGCCCAGUCCUUCAAUUGAAGAAGUUAAAAAUGUAAUUCUUAUUUUUAAUAUUUAUAUCCAUCUCGUUCGUGGAUGCUCAGUUUAUUUCAGUUGCUUGGAAGUCUUUGGACGGGUUUUUGGAUUCGAGGGUGGGUCACUGUCCUUUGCUUCGAUUAGGGUCCGUUCUGUCUGUCGGCUUUUUGUGAUAUAAGUAAUCUCGAGUUUCUUGAGCGGUUUCCAGCCAUCAGUUGUGCUUAGGUUUUGCGGGAUGUGCGAACGAGUUUAACUGACCGAGUUGCUUUCAUGUAUUUUAGCGUGAAAAUUCGUUGUCCCUGACGUUUUGGGGCACGUUCUGCAUUUCCAGGUGUUCAAUAACGUCUAAGUUUUCAUACUUGAAUGGUAUUUACCAUCUUCGUCGACUCUCUGCCAUAUUUUCAGAUUCGAAAGGAAGAGAGAUGGUCCUCGUUUCUGACGAGGCCUUAUUGAUGUUUUUUCUUGUUCGCGUGAAGAUUCCGCGAACGGAUGUUGUGUGCAUGUGUAAGCGCUUGGCACAGGGAAAUCCGCGGAAAAAUUUCGCGUGAGCAGUGUUCGAGUGGCCGUGUGAAUGGGAGAGGAGCAAUGAAAUAUUCGGAGCAUUUCGUAUGAAAAAGCAACCAA